AUGAGCAUUCUAAAGGGACGGGGAGGACGAGUUAGAGUUAAGGAGGAGGACGAGGACGAGGACGAGGAGAACGUGGGAGACGUGGAGUUUGGCAAGUUCUCUUCCGCCGCCGUUGGCGAUCCCGAUACUAUGGCCAAGAUGCAGGCAAUAUUGUCCCAGUUUACUGAGGAACAAAUGAGUCGAUAUGAAUCGUUCAGAAGAUCAGGUUUUCAGAAAGCUAAUAUGAGGAGGAUAUUGGCAAGCAUCAUAGGAAGCCAAAAGGUUUCUAUGCCCAUGACAAUUGUGAUAUCUGGGAUAGCCAAAAUGUUUGUUGGAGAACUCAUAGAGACAGGUAGGAUGAUUAUGGCAGAAAGAAAGGAAAUGGGGCCAAUUAGGCCAUGUCACAUACGAGAAGCAUUUCGCAGGCUGAAGCUUGAAGGCAAGAUACCUAAACAAUCUGUGCCGAGGCUUUUUCGAUGAAGUUUUCAAGCUCUUCUGCAAGAUAGAAUCCUCUCAAUUUUUUGGUUGAUGUUCUGCAGAUAAUAAAAUGACAACAAUUGCUGACGUAGUUCAAUUUAGAUGCAUUUGAUUUGUAUACAGUGAACUCUGCAUUGGUUUAUUUUGGGGAAUAAAAUAUAUUGCUAGAGCAAUAUUCAGUCGUA